CCCCUCUUCUUUUCCGUGUGCCAGAGCCGGACUGCUUGCUCGUCGAGACGCCUAGGCCAGAAAGAUCAGGACCUCUUGCCGCUUGCUGGAUGGGACGUUUUUCUUGUGCUUUAGAUUGGGUUGCUUCAAUAGCUUCAGAGUUGCUAUUGUGUCUGCGGUGAGGUUAAUGCUCGUUAACAGUGUGUAAGGGCUGAAGAAGGUGCCAGGAGAGCAAAAGAGCUCUGCUUGCUCUCUUCACUGUCAUUCGUAGGGCUGAAGCUCAGAGGAAGAGAUGUGAAGAGAUGUGGACGGAUUGAGAAGGAAAAGGAACCACAGAAGCAUCUCUUGGAAGAUUCUUUUCUUUCUGGUUUUUGAACUACUUUAAAAAAAAUUUCAAUAUUUAACAACUUUCCUUGGACGUGCACUCCAGACCUCGAAUGCAUUUGUCUCUGGAUACCAUAAACAUGGCGGACGAUGGCUACCUCUCGUCAGACAACUACCACGACCUGGGCAAAGGAGGCGUAUCGGCGAUGAGUGGGCGCUUGCACAGCAUCGAUGUCAUUCUGGGCUUCAGUAAAGAACAGGACCCUUUGCUUAACCCUGGGGGACCUGCCAUGGGCCAUAAAGGUGAUGAAGAUGUACUGGUGGAACAGGGGAAACAGGUGACCCCUGACCCCUAUGCUCACCUGCCCAGCAUGUCUAACAAUGUUCAUCAGGCCAUCUAUCAUGAUACAGAACUCUUCUCCAAUGAUAAGUGUGAAGCUGAAGUUGGGGACCUUCACCAUCAUGGUGUGGAGAGUGACAGCAGGUCUCCUGACCCUCUAGAAGAUGACCAACCCAAGAAGAAACACCGUCGCAACCGGACAACCUUCACCACUUACCAACUGCAUGAGCUUGAACGAGCUUUUGAGAAGUCACACUAUCCUGAUGUGUAUAGUCGAGAAGAGCUGGCCAUGAAGGUCAAUCUCCCAGAAGUACGAGUGCAGGUCUGGUUUCAGAAUCGACGUGCAAAAUGGCGGCGUCAGGAAAAAAUGGACACUGGUAGCAUGAAGCUUCAUGACUCACCUAUGCUGCCCUUCAACCGGCUUCCAAUGCCUUCUAACGUGGGGCCAGUGAGCAACUCCAUGCCCUUAGACCCCUGGUUAUCCUCGCCCCUCUCCAGUGCCACUCCCAUGCACAGUAUCCCAGGAUUCAUGGGUCCAUCCCAAAGCCUGCAGCCCACCUACCCAAGCCAUUCGGGCUUCCUUAACUCAACUCCAGGCAUUGUGCAGGGAAUGCAGCCAAUGCCUCCUCCACCAUACCACUGUCCACCGGCCUUCAAUGACAAGUAUCCACUAGAGGACAUGGACCGCAGCUCCAGCAUUGCAGCUCUAAGAAUGAAGGCCAAGGAACAUAUCCAAUCCAUGGACAAAACCUGGCAGCCCAUGUGAAUUGAGAAUUGCUUUUUGUAAAUAUGUAUGUUGUACUGUUUUAUAGAAGCUGUUAGAACUGUGUGUAAGCAAUACAUUUUGCUAAUCAUGGUUUAAAACAUAAAAAGACUUUUGAGGUUUAAAGUUUAUAAAGCCAUGGAAAAGAAAGGUAAACAGCUUAUGAAAAAGGACUGCCACUGGAUUAGAAGAGGUGGCUGAACUUUGUGCACUCUACAACCACUGACUAUAUAACAGCAAACAAAAGAAUUCUACAAUCAAGCUGGGUACUGGAAAAGGGUAUAAACCUCUAUGUGUUUCUUCUUUGGUCAUUUCCAAGACUGUUAAUUAUGCUAAAGCUCAGGGAUUUAGGUAUCAAGAUUGUGUUGGCAAGUAUCUUGGGCAGUUGGACUGUGGUCAAGAUUGCUAUUGUAAAGUCUAAGCCAAGGUCUAAAAAAGGAACAAGUCAAAAUCUAUA